AUUCGAAUAUGUGAAUCUUUACAAAUGUAGCUCCCGGUGUAGCUCGGUGUUUCCCGCAUUUUAAUGGUUGCGAUUGAUGAUGCAAGCUGUUGUCAUAUAGAGCUCGAACUCGAAUUGGAGAGCUAAAUGAAUAGAGUACAAGUUCAGUGCUAAUCUUAGAGUAGGCCUACUUUAUUCUAGGUCACAUAGUCAAUUCAACUUACACCUGUAGUAAGUUUUCUGAACAAGUAGUUCGUGUUUUACAAAAGCAACUCUGUUCAACACGGGGCUCAACAUAAUACCGGCGUUUGAUCGUAGCAAGUUGAAAUCAUGACUUCAAAGAAGCGACUAUGUCUGGACGACUUUGAGAAAGACGCUGAAGGAUGCCUCGACCCUAUGCUGUGGAAUUUCUACAAGGGUGGGGCCGACGAGGAGGUCACUUUGCGGGACAGUCAUGCUGCUUAUUUAAGGUACCGUCUGAGGCCAAAGGUCCUACGUGACGUCUCCAGGAGGGACCUAUCGACAACCAUCUUGGGUCAUAAGGUGUCGUUCCCUUGCGGUAUCUCACCAACAGCAUUCCAUAAGGGAGCGCAUCCAGAUGGUGAGAUCGCUACUGCAAGAGCCGCCGCUUCCGCGGGUGUGUUCAUGUCCUUAAGCUGUGGAGCAAAUGUUCAGAUCGAGGACAUAACUAAGGCAGCUCCCGGUGGUCUACGAAUGAUGCAAACCCUCAUCUACAAAAAUAAAAAUAUCACAGAACUGUUCUUGAGAAGGGCGGAGAACGCGGGCUACAACGCUUUGCUGGUGACCGUCGAUUUCGCUACCUACGGUCAUCGCAGAAACGAAAAGGAGUUUGAUCUUUAUGGAGUAGUGAAGACCAAUCCAGCUUACAAGAAAUUGAAAUGUGUUAACAUGGAAAUGAUGGGUAUUAAGGAAGAAGCUGAUCAGUUCAAGGCAGCGGGUGAUAAGCUUCUCUGGGAGUAUAACGAUACCAGUGAUGACUCGGCGACCUGGGACUACAUCCGUAGACUCAAGAAGAUAUCAUCAAUCCCCAUCGUGGUCAAAGGCAUACUGACCGGAGAGAUGGCCCGGGAGGCUGUCGGGGCAGGUGUGGAUGGCAUCAUGGUAUCGGCCCACGGUGGACGACAGCUUGACACAGCCAUAGCGCCGUUGGAUGCCCUCCCCGAGGUCGUUGAGGCGGUCAAAGGUUCCAACGUUGAAGUCUACAUCGACGGAGGAGUACGAACCGGUACAGACAUCAUCAAGGCUCUCGCCCUUGGUGCCCGAGCAGCGUUCAUUGGUCGACCCGUUAUCUAUGGACUAGCAUGCGAGGGUGAAGAAGGAGUGAAAGAAGUCUUAGGCCUUCUGAAGAAUGAGUUUAGCAGAGCCAUGGCAUUCACAGGAUGUGCAAGAAUAGAAGAUAUUGACAAAUCACUUGUGUCUCACCGCCGAUGGAUGUACUAUGACUCCAAGCUGUAAAAUGGGAUCAUACUCAUUCUGAAUGUCGAAUGUCAAAGUCCGAUGUAUUUCUCUAUCUUUCAAACGAAUAUAACAAUAGUAUUUUAACUAAUAAUGUCAUAAAUAAACAUUAAGAAAUUGAUAAAUGAAUGAACAUUCAAUCGUGUUCACGAAAGAAAAUAAAUCAAUUGUUGUAAAAAGAUAAUUCAACGCCUUCAUUUAUUCUGAGUAAAAACAACAACAAAGUAAUAAAACAUAAUGGUGUGCUCUGUUU